GUGACCACACUGCUUCCUGUUUUGGCCUCAACGAUACACACUGGCGAAUAACCUGAUAGAAAACGUAGAAAUGGAUGAUACAGAGCUAGAAGUUGAAGAAGACGAAGAACAAAACUGGGAAGAUUGGAAAGCAGACGGCGAGGACGAUGAAGAAGGUGGUUUGGAUUCAAAUAUACUCUGUUUGUUCUGCGAUUCCAACUACAGUUCUAGUGAUGCGCUCUUCGAACACUGUAAUUCCAGUCACCGCUUCGAUUUUCACGGCAUCAGGACAACCCUAGGCUUGGAUUUCUAUGGUUCGUUGAAGCUCAUUAACUACGUCAGAUCUCAGGUGGCAGGAAACAGAUGUUGGAACUGUGGACUUACCUGUCAGUCUGAGCAAGAACUACGGAAUCAUUUGCAUGAAACAGUCAGUUAUGAGGUCAACAUGCUUCCAUGGGAUGACAACAAAUAUCUUAAACCUUUCAUGCAAGAUGAUCCACUCUUGUACAGUUUCACUGAAGAUGAAGAAUGUGAAGAUGAGGAGAUUGCAUUAGUUGACAAGGAGGAACUCUGGAGGGAUUUGAGUAGUAUUGAAAAUAUUUGCAUGGAUGAUGAUGAUGAUGCUUUAAAAACAUAUGCAUCUGAUUGCAGCACCUCUUGUGAGAAUGGAAAGAUGGAGGUUACUUCUGGUACCAACCACAAUAUGAACGUGGCAAAUCCUUUGAAGAAGGUGACAGACGAUGGUAUUCAUGUGAAAGAACAUGGUGAUUCAUUUGGUAUAAAGCCAAUAGAUAAGCAUUUCAGAGUUCCUUUUAAAAAUGCUGUAGCAAAGGAAAUGAAGAAUGUUAAUCAGAAUUAUUUUGGGUCAUACAGUUCAUUUGGCAUCCAUAGAGAGAUGAUAAGCGAUAAGGUGAGAACGGAUGCUUAUGAACAUGCCAUAUUGAAUAAUCCUUCUCUCCUGCGCGAUGCUGUUGUAUUAGAUGUAGGUUGUGGAACUGGCAUACUGAGUCUAUUUGCAGCCCAAGCAGGGGCUUCGAGGGUAAUUGCAGUUGAAGCCAGUGAUAAGAUGGCUGGGGUGGCAACUCAGAUUGCAAAAGAUAAUGGCCUUUUUUGGAAAGGUGCCAAUCACUCUGAUGGGGUAAUAAGAGUGGUCCAAGGUAUGGUUGAAGAGCUUACUGAACAAAUUCAACCCCACAGUGUUGAUGUUUUAUUGAGUGAAUGGAUGGGUUAUUGCCUACUUUAUGAGUCAAUGCUUAGCUCUGUGCUCUUUGCACGGGAUCGAUGGUUGAAGCCUGGAGGUGCCAUUCUCCCAGACACAGCUACUAUUUUUGUUGCUGGAUUUGGAAGGGGUGGUACUAGUAUUCCGUUUUGGGAAAAUGUGUAUGGUUUUAAUAUGUCCUGCAUUGGGAAGGAACUUGUUGAAGAUGCUGCUCAGGUUCCUAUUGUCGAUGUUAUUGACAGUUGUGAUAUAGUGACCAAUUCUGUGGUUCUCCAGACCUUUGAUCUGGCGGUUAUGAAACCUGAGCAAGUGGAUUUCACAGCAAGGGUCGAGUUAGAAACAAAGUUGGACGAUCUCACGAACGAAUCCGUGGAUGUAAAACCCAAAACUUCGUGUUACGGAGUCGUGUUGUGGUUUGAGACUAGUUUCACCAGCAGAUUUUGCAAAGAAACGCCAACAGUGUUGUCCACAUCCCCUUACACUCCUGCAACGCACUGGUCACAAACAAUCCUUACUUUCCAAGAACCUAUUACAAUGGCAUCUGGAAAGCCCAGUGCAGCAGACAGCUCGGCAGCCAUUGGUACUGAUGCCUGCCCUGCUGUGAAAAUCCUUUUACGCGUAAGCAUUGCCCGUUCUUCAGGUCGCAGUAUUGACAUUUCUUUGGAGACUGCAGGGAUUGGUCCCGAUGGACGGAAAUGCAGUUGGCCGGUGCAAAUGUUCCAUUUAUAAUUGGAAGUGUAUCGUUGAUCGAUUACUGUGGUCAGCCAAGCUAUUUUGUUUUUAACAAGUUUGGCACAGUUCUUUAGCCAUCUUGUUUAGACCAUUGUCUUUUUUCUUCCCUAAAUUUGUUGUUUCUUUUCUUAUAAUUGUAUUAUAUAUAUACAUACAAAUAUAUGUAUGUAUGAAUGUAUGGUAGUGUAACUUACAUAUUGUUUUGAGAAUAAUACUAUUUCUUGAUGGAAAUUGACUCCAUGACAUUCUUUUAUUUUAAGCUGAAGUAAAAAUAUAUAUAUAUUUUUUUCAGGUAAAAUAUUUUUUUAUUUUUACUUUGUCGGUAUUUGACAAAAGGUCUACGUUGAGAUUGAGGUCGAGUCCAUUGAGCUGGGCAUGUAAAAUAACUUGUCGAAAAUUGAUAGAUAAAUUAUUUUUGUUAAAUUUUAAUUUUUUUUUCUUCGUAAA